CCCAUUUUCUACGCCGCCUAGCCUGACUAGAAAGGGUGGUCCAGCGGCGGAAGAGUCUGACGCUGUCCUGAAAGGGUGGGCUCGGUGUGGAAGAGGUGUUUCCUGAGUCCUAUUUCUUCUUCACUGCAAUCCUGUGAGAUGAAUCGGACAAAGGGUGAUGAGGAGGAAUAUUGGAACAGCUCCAAGUUCAAGGCUUUCACCUUUGAUGAUGAAGAUGAUGAGCUCUCACAGUUAAAGGAAUCCAAGAGAGCAGUGAAUAGUCUUCGCGACUUCGUGGAUGAUGAGGAUGACGAUGACCUGGAGAGAGUCAGCUGGAGUGGGGAACCUGUGGGAAGUAUCUCAUGGUCCAUCAAAGAGACUGCUGGUAAUAGUGGGUCGAGCCAGGAGGGGCGUGAACAGCUAAAGAGCCGGAACAGCUUCUCCACCUACGCACAACUACCCAAACCUACUUCUACCUACUCCCUGAGCAGCUUUUUUAGAGGGAGAACUAGACCUGGAAGUUUCCAGUCCCUUUCUGAUGCUCUGUCGGACGUACCUGCCAAAAGCUAUGCUCCAGAGCUGGGCAGACCCAAGGGGGAAUACAGGGAUUACAGCAAUGACUGGAGCCCCAGUGACACAGUGUGGCGCCUCCGGAAGGGCAAGGUCUGCUCUCUAGAACGAUUCCGCUCCUUACAGGACAAGCUACGACUCCUGGAGGAAGCAGUCAGCGUGCACGACGGAAACGUCAUUACUGCAGUUCUGAUCUUCCUGAAAAGGACACUGAGCAAAGAGAUCCUCUUCCGAGAGCUGGAGGUGCGACAGGUUGCCCUGAGACAUCUCAUUCACUUCCUUAAAGAAAUAGGGGAUCAAAAGCUGCUUUUGGACCUCUUCAGGUUCCUAGAUAGAACAGAAGAGCUUGCGCUGUCUCAUUAUUGUGAGCACUUGAACAUUCAGGACCCUGAGAAACGAAAAGAAUUUCUUAAGACCUGCAUUGGUUUGCCAUUUUCAGCAGAAGAUUCUGCACAUAUUCAAGACCAUUACACCCUCCUGGAACGCCAGAUCAUUAUUGAGGCAAAUGAUCGACAUCUAGAAUCAGCAGGACAGACUGAGAUCUUUCGGAAGCACCCCCGCAAAGCUUCUAUCCUCAACAUGCCAUUAGUGACCACGCUUUUCUACUCGUGCUUCUACCAUUACACGGAGGCUGAGGGGACGUUCAGCAGUCCAGUCAACCUGAAGAAGACAUUUAAGAUCCCAGACAAACAGUAUGUGCUGACGGCCCUGGCUGCCCGUGCCAAGCUUCGAGCCUGGCAUGAUGUCGAUGCCCUCUUUACCACAAAGAACUGGCUGGGCUACACUAAGAAGAGAGCACCCAUUGGCUUCCAUCGGGUUGUGGAAAUUUUGCACAAGAAUAGUGCCCCUGUCCAGAUACUACAAGAGUAUGUUAAUUUGGUGGAAGAUGUGGACACAAAGUUGAACUUAGCCACCAAGUUCAAGUGCCAUGAUGUCGUCAUUGAUACUUGCCGGGACCUGAAGGAUCGUCAACAGUUGCUAGCAUACAGGAGUAAGGUGGAUAAAGGAUCUGCAGAGGAGGAGAAGAUUGAUGCCAUUCUGAAUAGCUCGCAAAUUCGAUGGAAGAAUUAAGUGGCAUUGGCUACCCUGAAACCUGCCUCAUUUCUUCUUUUCCUGCCUGUGAAAGUAGAGUGUGCUCUUCAACACAUUGCUUGGACCCAUCAUCAACAGGCAGUGCCUGCUACUCUGAGGACAGAAACCAGCGUCUGGGCACAGACAGCUUCAGACUGAUCUUCUGUCCAAGGAUCAUCGUCCAAGGGCCAAGAUCUAAAGCUUUGACUCAUGAGGAAGAUUCUCUCCACCUGGUGCUCACAUGAAGGUGGGAGUAAUUUCUAGAUUGGGCCCAUAUUGGGCAAGAUCUCUCUUGGUCUGAGAAAAAUGACUGCUCUAGAAAAGAAGUCAUCUAGACUAAGAGGUCAGGUGUCAUAGAGUGGCCACUCCAUUCCUCUCAGCUAAUUAUGACCCUGGACUUGGUGCUGGACAUUGGCAGUUCUGCUCUGAAUGAAGUCAGAAAAGAACCAAAAUGGCUUUCUCCCAAGGGACCUCAGGAAGGGGUGCCAGUAAUAGCCACGAAAUGUUGGAGGUGCCUUCACACCAGCCUGCACAGAGUUCUCCACAUAAUAACAGAGAUUGCCCAGAUGUCGUGUUUCUUCACCCAGUGCCCUCUGCUGCCCCAGUCUAGCCUCUGUCCGAGACUUGUGGUUCUUCUCUCACCUGCACACCAAGAUGGCCUUGUGUGGGAGAUAAGGACAUCCCCGUUAUCUUUUCCUCUACUUCUCCCACCCUAAACCCAUAACCUUUUAUGGAGCUCAGAUUCAGCAGUGCUGUAGUGCUCUUCCCUUAUGCACAUAUCUCAUUAUUUCACUAGGAGCUUCCAGAAGGUUCACCAGGGCUAAACUCAGCAGCAUUUCAGACGGUUAGGAUAUUAAGAUGGAGGUUUCAGUUUCACACGUGGUUUUCAACAGGAUAUUCUGUAGUACUAGCCUCCUGCCCUGUACCAAUAUUAGCCUCUCUUCUCUGUGACUGAACUGGGUUUCCCCGACAUG